GGGGGCCAGGGUGCACGGCAGCCAGUACGAGGGGCAAGCUGCGCCGCACUCUGCUCCAGCGGCGCCACAAACGUUUGGCUCGUCUUGGCCCACGUCCUCUAAGCGAGUCACAGUUAAGUCCACCGGGCGCGGGAGGAGAAAGAUUCUCAGGAGCGCGGAGAAGAGCCGGGCACGCUGCUCACAGCGAAGACACGACGUCAGGCAGAACAGGGCCGGGCCGAGGGAGCUUGGGGCGGCUGAUCCGCGUUCCGGGGGAACUUGGGCGCCCUCCGAGCUGCCCGGCGCGGGAGCCACUGGCCUGCCUGAGGGAGGCGGCGUCGGCUCCACACUUCCUGCGACGCAGUGCUCGCUGGUGCGGACCUACAGGACCGCGCGGCGCGGCCGACCGCUCGUCAACACGGUGCGCGGCCGGCGGGCACGGAGGAACCGGGCCGCGAACCCACGUCCACACGCUCCGCAGCCCGUGCUGUUAGCCAACAAGGCGUUCCCGGAGAUGCAGGUUUAGACCUGAAGAAGUUACUUGACUGAAGGAACUUAGUAGCAAAUUGUCAUGAAGUGCUAAAGUUCUUGUCACUUGACCCAAAUUUUGCAUACAAUUAAAAUGACCACCUCCUGGAGUGACCGGUUACAGAAUGCAGCAGAUAUGCCUGCAAAUAUGGAUAAGCAUGCCCUAAAAAAGUAUCGGCGAGAAGCCUAUCAUCGGGUAUUUGUGAACCGAAGUUUAGCCAUGGAAAAAAUAAAGUGUUUUGGUUUUGAUAUGGAUUAUACCCUUGCUGUGUACAAGUCCCCAGAGUACGAGUCCCUUGGCUUCGAGCUGACUGUGGAGAGACUUGUUUCUAUUGGGUAUCCCCAGGAACUGCUCAACUUCGCUUAUGAUUCUACAUUCCCUACCAGAGGACUUGUCUUUGACACACUGUAUGGAAAUCUUUUGAAAGUUGAUGCUUAUGGCAACCUCUUGGUCUGUGCACAUGGAUUUAACUUCAUAAGAGGACCAGAAACUAGAGAGCAGUAUCCAAACAAAUUUAUCCAACGAGAUGACACUGAAAGAUUUUAUAUUCUGAACACAUUAUUCAAUCUGCCAGAGACCUACCUGUUGGCCUGCCUAGUAGAUUUUUUUACUAAUUGUUCUAGAUAUACCAGCUGUGAAACAGGAUUUAAAGAUGGGGACCUGUUCAUGUCCUACCGGAGCAUGUUCCAGGAUGUAAGAGACGCUGUGGACUGGGUCCAUUACAAGGGCUCCCUUAAGGAAAAGACAGUUGAAAAUCUUGAGAAGUAUGUAGUCAAAGAUGGAAAACUGCCUUUGCUUCUGAGCCGGAUGAAGGAAGUAGGCAAAGUCUUUCUUGCUACCAACAGCGACUACAAGUAUACAGAUAAAAUUAUGACUUACCUGUUUGACUUCCCACAUGGCCCCAAGCCCGGGAGCGCCCAUCGGCUGUGGCAGUCCUAUUUCGACCUGAUCUUAGUGGACGCACGGAAGCCACUCUUCUUUGGAGAAGGCACGGUCCUGCGGCAAGUGGACACUAAAACUGGCAAGCUGAAGAUUGGCACCUACACAGGCCCCCUGCAGUAUGGCAUCGUCUACUCCGGGGGCUCAUCCGAUACAAUCUGUGAUCUGCUGGGAGCCAAGGGCAAGGACAUUCUGUAUAUUGGAGAUCACAUUUUUGGAGAUAUUUUAAAAUCAAAGAAACGGCAAGGGUGGAGAACUUUCCUGGUCAUUCCUGAACUCGCGCAGGAGCUGCAUGUCUGGACUGACAAGAGCUCACUUUUUGAAGAACUUCAGAGCUUGGAUAUUUUCCUGGCUGAACUCUACAAGCACCUUGACAGCAGUAGCAAUGAGCGUCCAGACAUAAGUUCCAUCCAGAGACGGAUUAAGAAAGUCACACAUGACAUGGACAUGUGCUAUGGGAUGAUGGGGAGCCUGUUUCGCAGUGGCUCCCGGCAGACACUCUUUGCCAGUCAAGUGAUGCGCUACGCUGAUCUCUACGCCGCGUCCUUCAUCAACCUGCUGUAUUACCCAUUCAGCUACCUCUUCAGAGCUGCCCAUGUCCUGAUGCCGCACGAGUCUACUGUGGAGCACACACAUGUGGACAUCAACGAGAUGGAGUCACCCCUCGCCACGCGGAACCGCACCUCCGUGGAUUUCAAGGACACCGACUACAAGCGGCACCAGCUGACGAGGUCCAUCAGUGAGAUCAAACCGCCCAACCUCUUCCCGCUGGCCCCCCAAGAGAUCACACACUGCCAUGACGAAGAUGACGACGAGGAGGAGGAGGAGGAGGAAUGAGGAAGACCCAAGCUCGGGCAUCAAGGCAGCAGGCGCCUGCAGGAGCCCGGGCGGGCACGAAGGCUGUCCUUCUCGGGUUCCCCGGGAGGGUGGGGGGUUCCUUCAGAAGUACAUCUGCAAAGAUUUGAACUUUAAAUAUCGAAUCAUAGAGAGAUACUUGCUUUAGUUUUGUGUAUCUAUAUUUUUGGCGGAAUGGUUCACAGUUGCAUUGGAGUCUGUUACUGGAAGUCGGGGUUGCAUCAGGGUGAGCCACACACGUUGGCUCCCUGUGACUGUGGUCCGUCGCGUCGUCUUUGCCCUGCUGCGUGUGUUGGUUACACAGAGGGUGGGAUGGGAUUCGGAAUGCUGGAUUGUUUCACCGUGUGCUGUUACUCCGAAGUCCGACUUUUUCAGUGCACUACACAGUGUUGUACACCAGUGGAGAAAUACAUUGUUUCCAUUAGCUGUUUCCUUUCACGCGCAUUCACUGUCCUCAGCAAAUGAGCCCAACCAGGCGUGGCUUCAGCACCUUUCCAGCGUAUUCUCUGUGCUGGGGCUGGGCCGGCUGCACUGCAAGGAUUCUGUUGGGAAGCAGGCCGCCGCCUCCUUCUAGGUUGUACUAGUGUAGAUGCUUGUUACCUGAAAACGGAAGACUUUUCUCAUCUGGUAAAUCUAAAAAAGAAUACAGUUGAAAGGAGACAAAGGAGCAAGCUGUCAGAGCAGGAAGGCUGAGCCCAAGCCUUGAGUCCUGCAGCCCUGAGUGAAGGCAGCAGCGCGGCCUGUAGCUGGCUUCCUGCUGCGCAGGCCACGUUUCCCAUAUGCGGCAUUGGCCGCUGUAUGUUAAAGC